AUGCAUCAUCAUAUUACCAUUUCAGACGAUGAAGAAAUCACGGAAUACGACCUCUUCAUGUCGCUAAAUGAAACCGAUUUUGCCCGGCUUAAAUUAACAACAAAGCUGAUUAAAACCAUUCAAAAAAUCCAAAAAUGCGUAUCAGAUGACCAAGUAAUUGAAGAAUAUCUCGAAAAUUCAGCUGAUAAUACUGAAGCUGCAUUAGAAGCUGAUGAACCAACACCAGGGUCGAGCAGUAGUCACGACCCGUAUCACGGAAUGUCCUUGGAGCAUGAGAUUCACGUCGACACAAUUUUUGCAAAAACAAAUCAAGGAACGAGAAUAAUCGAAGUAUUAAAGGAAAAUAAAAGCCCCGACGAUAAAACUAUAAAGCUUAUAACUCACUUGCUAUGUGAUUUCCUCAAAUCUUUGUUCGGAGUGCGGGUUACUUCGUUUCAUAAAAACCUUUUGGCAAUAUCACUCGUUCAAUCCUAUCCAAUUUUGAAAUCAGCAAAUUCGGAAGUACCACAGGCAUUGUGGUAUUAUCAGAACGCUAGAGGAGAAGGAGCCCAUGCGGGAAAAUUACAUUACCGGAUGGAAUACCUUGCUAAAUUAUCUGGAGAACGAAUAAUUAAAAGACGAGCAAAGCAAGAAUCACAAGCUGAGUCCAAAGAUGAAGAACCGGAUGCCAGCAUAGUUGAUGAAGAUGCAUUGGUCGAAGAGUUUCAAUUCAUUGUACCAUCACCUGAAAAUAAGAAUCGGAUCACAUUUCUCUGGGAGUCUACUUUCAAAAAUCGAAACAAGUAUCGGAUGAACGGACAGUUUUACAAAUAUCUGGAGGAUUUCCCUGCUGCUUCAGCCUACGACGGUGAAUUGAUUGACAAUGAUUUCCGUAAAAUCAAAAAACCAAAAGCGGAUUUCCUUGACCAGUGGCAGAUGUGGCAGGCGAAGGUUUUGACAGUUCACCAAUACCUUUUCAAAGAGAUUGCUGACGAAUUUUUUCGCACAUUGGCUAUAAUUCGCACUAAAAAUCCAACCAGAGGAUCCAAACGCAUGCGUGAGGAAGCAGCAGCGAUGGACAAUCCCCUUAAUGGAGUGGUUCAAUGGAUAUGUGUUGAUGAUCCUCUUCCAACCAGUAAUCUGAUUCCGGUGCUGUCCAUUCGCGGAGAAUUGCUACAACGGGGAGGACAGUGUUUUAUAUCCUGGAAAGAAGUCAAUAUUCCCGUUGGUAGCGACGUAACCACAUCGUUUCUGCGAUUUUGCGAAUGCUUCGAUGUUUUUGGUAUCAAGUGCAUGCCCAACGAUAAACAAUUUUUUAUGUUUUUAAAAGCAGUUAUGUUAUCCGCCGAGAACUUGAGCACAACUGGUGAAAAAUUUGUACGGUCUCUACAGUAA